AUGUACUUUCGGCCUCUCAAGGUGCUAGUUAGUCUUGCUAUUCUGUUUGCUUCUACAUCGAAAGGCAUAGAGCAAACACCUACAGCAUCGGAUGCGUGGUCUAAACUACCAUCCAAACCGUCGAUCCCUCUUGAGCGCGUACAAUUACAUUUCUCUCCGGAUGAAGUAUAUCAAAUGCACGAAAGCCUAAACCAUGCCCAAGCUGGCGAUCUCAACACAUACAAGAGCGAGCAGCGGCAUUGGAUCUCACUUGCGUCGGAAGGCUUCUCCGAAAUCAACGAGUCGAUUCUAGAAAUUGAGAUCAACCGUCAUCCUCAGUUUAACGCAUCUGUGACGGUGGACGGUCAUACCUCUAUUCUUCAUUUCAUGGCGGUGUUUUCCCAACAUCCGGAUGCAAUUCCUGUCGUCUUCUUGCAUGACUGGCCCGGCAGUUUCCUUGGGUUUUUAGAUCUGCUCGAUGUCGUGCGACAAAAGUAUUCUCCAGAAGACAGCCCCUUUCAUCUCAUUGUACCAUCCUUGCCUGGGUAUGCCUUCUCUCCCGGUUCUCCCAUAAGUAGGCGUGCGGAUUUAGACACAGUAGCUCAAACAGUUGAUGCGUUGCUCACCGGCAUUGGUCUGGAUAAUGGAUACAUAGCUCAAGGUGGUGGUAUGGGGAGCUAUGUUGCUAGGCUGCUCGGGUCACUCAGCGCAAACUGCGAAGCUGUACAUGUCAACUCUCUCCCUCAAAUUGCCGGCUUACUCAACCCGAGCAACGAUACGGACCUGAGUACACAAGAUUUUGAGAUUCUCAGUCGAACUCUAGACUUCAAGUCUCUCCAAGAGACAGCCACCACGGUCCAUACAAAGCAGGCCGCCUUAGGAGCUCUUCCGGAGAAGAACCCGUUGUCAUUGUUAGCCUGGCUUGAUGAUAAAUUCAAAAACUGGGUAGAUCCACAACAUCCUUUGCCCAUGCAAACAGCAAUAAUACACGCCUCGAUCUACUACCUGACAAAGAUGACGACAAGUGAAUACUACCAGAGUGUUAAUCUAGAUGUUCUAGAGGAUACUGUCCCCUUUGUCCCAAAGCCCUUUGGCUAUAGCCGCUUCCCAUUUGAUAUUAGCGGUGUCCCUAGAAAGUGGGUAGCCACUCUCGGUGAUCUGGUAUGGUUUACUGCACACGAUCGAGGUGGUCAUUUUGCUCCCAUGGAGAGACCUGAGGAACUGUGGAACGAUAUAGAGCAUUUUGUUCGGACGGUUUUCCCAGAUGACCUUCUUUAA